UUUUCAUUUUCCUCCUUAUCUCGCCCAGAACCUUUUAUGGAUCUGCUUAAACAAAGGCUCGGGGCAAUUUUUUCAAAUGAAAUUCCCUUACCGACCAAUAAUUUAAAUUCAGAUUUAGAUUGUUGCUAUGGAAAUGAUUCUGUCGUUGAACGGAUCCCGAAAGAAAUUGUCAUCUUUGCCGAAGUAGUCAAUGCCAAAUCAAAGGACGAGAAGUUCGCUUUUGCCAUGACGGCACUUGACGAAUACCACGAAACUUGCGCAAAUGAAUUUUCAAUCAUCGUUCACCACAAACAGAAAAGGAUUUUUGGGUGGGAUUCAGUUUCAAAAGUCAUCUGCCAACAUUAUCCAAAAGAAAAAAUGAUCGACAUUAUACGCCUGUUGGUUGAAGAAAAAAUCCCAGAAGAAUGGAAUUCAAUUCCUCUCCUUGCCUUGUGUACAUUUUACAAGAAAGACAAUUUGAUCAACAUUGUCCAAUUGUUAAUUGAUAAAAAAAUCGACAUCAACUGCAAAACAAGCGAUGGAUCGAAUGCCCUCCUUAUCUUGUGUCGAUAUUACAAACAAAAAAACUUGAUUGACAUUGUGCAAUUGUUAAUUAAAAAUAACAUCGAAGUCAAUUGCAAAAAUGACAACAAGCUGAAUGCCCUACUUUUCUUGUGUAAAUAUUACGACAAAGAUAAUUUAAUUGAAAUUGUCCAAUUGUUAAUUGGGGAAAAAAUCGACGUCAAAUGCGAAACCAACCAGGGAUAUAAUGCACUUCAUUUUGUGUGUCGUUAUGCGCCUAAAAAUAAUUUGGUUGACCUCGUUUCGAUACUAGUUCGGCACAGUAUCGACAGAAAAGUAAAGACGACUGAUGGUUCAAUUGGGACCGCACGUUCCUUACUUUUAGAGCGUUUUAAAGAAGAGGAGAUCGCAGAUGUUCUUCAAUUGUUGGAUUCAUAGGCUCAUCAUUUCCUUUGAUACAUAAAACUAUAAUGCAUUUACUUGGACUGUUAGCCAACAGGAUGAUUCGCUGGUUUUACUACAUUAAGAAAUAAUUUUCUUAGUUCUUUUUUCAAUUAAAUCAUUUGGGUAAUAUUUAAUGCAUUUAAUUUAAAUGCAAAGCUUGUGAAAUAUUACCCAAAAUUGGUAAAAUGUGUUCAAAAUGAUUUACUCUAACCCAAAACAUGUUUUGAAAUUUACGCCAUUUAACUUAUGCUUAAUAUGGAAUUCCGCCUAAUAAUAUCAACUGUCAAUCAAUUUAUUAAAACCCCAAACAUAAGUGCACUUUAUUAGAAAAAAUAAAAUAAAAUUCGUUUUAUUAGACUUU